AUGACUGACUGGGAUGCCAGUCAUGAAGUUGAGGCUCAAGCAAAUGUAACUGUAGGCAAGUCGCUUGCUGCAGAUGAUACAAACACCACCUGGCAAUCGCCAUCAGGUGUUUUUGCCUUUGGUUUUCACCCCAUUACUAGUAAAAAAGAUCGGUUUCUUCUUGCAAUCUGGUAUGCUAAUAUACCAGAAAUAACUAUAGUCUGGUAUGCUAAUCGAGAUAACCCCGAAACCGAUAGAGGAUCGACGGUGGAACUCACCGAGACCGGUUUUCUUGUUCUUAACGACUCUAAAGGAAAAGAGUUGUGGAGACACUGGAAAUUACCACUUUCCAACGGAUUGUUUGACAGAGAGGCUGUUGAUCGAACAGCUCUAUUUAAGGUACUAAAGUCGGAUGCCUCGGGGAAAAUCCCGACCAAGUCGAACCAGAGUGACGAAAAUCAAAAUGAAGUUGUAUUGAUCCUUGGAGUUCUGUUAGGCACCUCUGCAAUUUUCAACUUCUUUUCUUUAGCUGCAAUUUCUCUGAUCUUCUUCUGCUUAUUCCGAAGAAGGCUUGGGGAAUUGAAAGGUGCUCAUAGCAGAAGAGAUUUAGAGACUAAUCUGCAGUUUUUCACAUACAAAGACCUUGAACAUGCCACGAACGGAUUCAAAGAAGAACUUGGAAGGGGAGCUUUCGGCACGGUUUAUAAAGGAGAAUUGCCAUCAAGCUAUGGAGAUCGUAUUGCAGUCAAGAAACUCGACAAGUUUGCUCAAGACGGCGAAAGGGAAUUCAAAACUGAAGUGAAGGUCAUCGGCCAAACUCACCACAAGAACUUGGUCAGACUAAUUGGCUAUUGUGAUGAAGCCGAACAUAGACUUUUGGUCUACGAGUUCAUGGAAAACGGAUCAUUGUCAAGCUUCCUUUUCGGAAUUUUAAGGCCUAGUUGGCAACAAAGACUGCAAAUUGCAUCAGGGAUUGCAAAAGGCCUCACAUACUUACACGAAGAAUGCAGCAAACAAAUCAUCCAUUGCGACAUAAAGCCACAAAACAUACUAUUAGACGAAUCCCUCACCGCGAAAAUAUCCGAUUUCGGGUUGGCAAAGCUUCUUAUGAACGACAAAACACGAACGAAAACCGGCAUACGAGGGACAAAAGGCUAUGUAGCACCAGAAUGGUUUCGAAAAAUCCCGGUUACGGUCAAGGUCGAUGUCUACAGCUUCGGGGUAAUGUUAUUAGAGAUCAUAUGUUGCAGAAGAUGUGUGGAAGUUGAAAUUGAGGAAGCAGCAAUAUUAACAGAUUGGGCUUUUCAGUGUUACAGCGAAGGGAUGAUUGAAAAACUAGUUGAAGACGAUGAAGAAGCUAGAAAUGAUGUUGGGAAAUUGGAGAAGUUAUUAAAAGUGGGGAUUUGGUGCGUUCAAGAAGAGCCAAUGUUAAGGCCUUCCAUGAGGAUUGUUACAAUGAUGCUUGAUGGAGCAAUCCAAGUUCCUGAUCCACCAUGCCCUUUCUCACUCAACUCCAUUUCAACAUCUACUAAAAUGGACUAGUUUAUGCUAUACAGAUUUUGAGAUGUGUUAUAGUUUAUUUAUUUUGUUGUGCUCUGUUUAAAGUUGAUAGUUGUUUUUCUUUUUGUCUGGGGUAUGUAUAGGGAGUGUAACAUCGUGCAUAUAAUUAUUUGUUGAAUCUUGUAGUUAAUGUACCGAUGGAUUGGGAUCUUUUAGAAGACAGAUUUUUCUUUUUGGUAACAAAAACUGUCUUUAGCUAUCCCAUUUCCAGCACUCUCCUGCUGCAAUUCUCCAAUCAUAGUAGUCGCCAACGCUGUCACCCUCUGUGUGUAAUUUUCGACACGUCUUGUUUACGGGUUGGGUUACUCGUCCAAACUUAAAAGGUUUAUUUGAAA